GUGACUAAUGCAGUCAUCACCGUUCCUGCCUACUUCAACGACUCUCAGCGUCAGGCCACCAAAGACGCUGGGGCCAUUUCAGGGCUUAAUGUGCUGCGCAUCAUCAAUGAGCCCACUGCAGCAGCCAUUGCCUAUGGCUUGGACAAAAAGGUAGGAAGUGAGCGCAACGUCCUGAUCUUUGACCUCGGGGGAGGCACUUUCGAUGUGUCCAUUCUGACCAUUGAGGAUGGCAUCUUCGAGGUCAAGUCCACUGCGGGUGACACUCACUUGGGCGGUGAAGACUUUGACAACAGAAUGGUGAAUCACUUCAUUGGCGAGUUCAAGCGCAAAUUCAAAAAGGAAAUCAACACCAACAAACGAGCGGUGCGUCGCCUGCGCACCGCCUGCGAGCGUGCCAAGCGCACCCUCUCCAGCAGCACCCAGGCCAGCAUUGAGAUCGACUCGCUCUACGAAGGAACCGACUUCUACACAUCCAUCACCAGAGCUCGUUUUGAGGAACUCAAUGCUGAUCUGUUCCGCGGAACCCUGGAGCCCGUGGAGAAGGCCCUGAGGGACGCCAAGAUGGAUAAGGCCCAGAUCCAGGAUAUUGUCCUGGUGGGUGGCUCCACUCGUAUCCCCAAGAUCCAAAAGCUUCUGCAGGACUUCUUCAACGGCCGUGAGCUCAAUAAGAGCAUCAACCCUGAUGAGGCGGUGGCCUACGGAGCGGCUGUCCAGGCUGCCAUCUUGGCUGGCGAUAAGUCUGAGAAUGUACAGGACCUGCUCCUGCUGGAUGUCACCCCCUUAUCGCUGGGAAUUGAGACCGCUGGAGGAGUAAUGACUGUGCUUAUCAAAAGGAACACCACCAUCCCCACAAAGCAAACUCAAACCUUUACCACUUACUCUGACAACCAGCCUGGUGUGCUCAUUCAGGUUUUUGAAGGUGAGCGAGCCAUGACCAAGGAUAAUAACAUCCUGGGCAAAUUCGAGCUUACCGGUAUUCCGCCCGCUCCCAGGGGCGUCCCCCAGAUUGAGGUGACUUUUGACAUUGACGCUAAUGGAAUUCUCAAUGUGUCUGCUGUCGACAAAAGCACCGGAAAAGAGAACAAGAUCACCAUCACCAAUGACAAAGGGCGACUGAGCAAGGAGGACAUCGAGCGAAUGGUGCAGGAGGCCGAACAGUUCAAGAGUGAAGACGAGGCCCAGAGAGAAAAAGUCACAGCUAAGAACGCCCUUGAGUCUUUGGCCUUCAACUUGAAGAACACCGUGGAGGACGAGAAGCUUCAGGACAAGAUCAGCCCAGAAGACAAAAAGGCCAUCAUAGACAAGUGCAACGAAGUCAUUUCCUGGCUGGACAGGAACCAGACGGCAGAGAAAGAUGAGUACGAGCACCAGCAGAAGGAGCUGGAGAAACUUUGCAACCCCAUAAUGUCCAAACUUUACCAAGGGGGCACGGCAGGGGGAAUGCCUGGUGGAAUGCCAGGGGGGAUGCCUGGUGGUUUCCCCGGUGGAGCUGAAGGUGGUUCCGCUGGGCCGACUAUUGAGGAGGUUGACUAAACACCCUGCUCUUGUAGUGCUGAAAUUUCAUCUCCUGACAUUACUGUCUUCAAGCUUUUCUCAGAAUGCACAUUAAAUAAAAACAGAAACUAGCAAAUGAAAAUAACACUAUCUCCAAAUGUAGUGAUUUAUUUUUAGCAAAAUAAAAAAAAAAAAACUGCACACGAUGUGAAUGCUUUACAUUGAAGAGUUCUAAAUCAAGUUCAGUUAAAGUAUCAGGCAAAUUGAAGUAAAAAUGUCUACACUUUGACGAAUCCACUGAUGACAUAACUCAAUUCUACGAAUGCUUCCUGUACUAAAAUACACCAUAUCAAUAAAGAUUGAGAUGGCAA